AUGGCAGCAUCAGAAAUGGCAGGUCUUCUCCUCCUUUCGUUCACUGCUCUGCUGCUGAGAAGUUCCUCAGUUCGUAGCCAAGGACUGCAGAUCGGAUUCUACGACUCCUACUGUCCGGACGUCGAGGAUACCUGGUCGGUGCCGCUGGGAAGAAGAGACGGAAGACUCUCGUCAGCUUCUGGCGCCAGUGCCUUGCCAUCGCCUGCCGAUCCUGUAUCCGUUCAGAGGAAGAAAUUCGCGGACCAGGAACUGUCAGACCACGACCUCGUCACAUUGGUAGGUGCACACACGAUCGGGCAGACGGACUGCCAGUUCUUCAGCUACCGGCUGUACAACUUCACGGCGACGGGCAACGCGGACCAGACCAUCAGCCAGGCGUCGCUGGCGCAGCUCCGGGCGCUGUGCCCGCCACCCAGCGGCGCUCCGGCCGGGCGGCGGGUGGCGCUGGACGAGGGCAGCCCCGACGCGUUCGACGUGAGCUUCUUCAAGAACGUCCGCGACGGCGGCGCCGUGCUGGAGUCGGACCAGCGGCUGUGGAGCGACGCCGCCACGCAGGGCGUCGUGCAGAAGUACGCCGGCAACGUCCGGGGAUUCGGCCUCAGGUUCGGGUACGAGUUCCCCAAGGCCAUGGUGAGGAUGAGCAGCAUCGGGGUGAAGACCGGCGGGCAGGGCGAGAUCAGGAGGAGGUGCUCCAGGAUCAACUGA